AUGCAGUCACUGCAGCCUGUAUUCGAGUACUUUGGUGGUCUCGGUAAUCAACAUGAUUCUGCAGAGGCAUUGGAUACCGUAUUGGAUAAACUCCACGAUGAGUGUAAAUGGCGUAGAGAAUGGCCAGUAGAUGAGGGUUGCCUCACUGGACCGGGUGUACUAGAGGAUUCCAUCAUCUAUAGGAUAUUCCGUGGUAUUAAGACAGUACACCAUACCAUGCCUAACGGCAAAGUUACUAAACAAGUUGAAAGUUUUACCCUUAUAUCCUUACCACCUCCACCAAGGCAACAUCAUCUAUCUGGAUCACGGAACUCCACUAAGAUUGAUCUAGUGGAUCUCCUUAAACGAACGUAG